AGCACCAGGACCAAAAGAAGCCUUCAGGGAGAGAAUCUAUAAAAACAGCAAACAUUUCAAUAACUUUUUGGUCACAGAGCACAGUGAAAAACUCGCUUGGAUGAGAAGCACUGCCCGACAGUACAUGCCCUGUGCUGUGAAUUGAAUCAAAACUGUUAUAGAAACAUCAGACUUGCAAAAUGACAGCUAUUAAUCCACCACAAGACAAAUACAAGGCUGUGUGGUUGAUAUUCUUUAUUCUUGGAUUAGGAACACUUCUGCCAUGGAAUUUCUUCAUGACUGCCACAAUGUACUUCACCAGCCGGCUGGUAACUGCAGAGGAAAGGAUGUUACAGGUAAAUACCACAGGCAACCUGACUGUCUUGGUGCCUAAGAAUUACCUGGAGUCCAAAUUCAACAACUUUAUGACUUUGUGUGCCAUGGUGCCACUUCUUAUCUUCUCCUGCCUCAACUCAGUCCUCCAUCAAAGGGUUCCCCAGAAGAUGCGCAUCAUGGGAAGCCUGGGUGUCAUUCUGCUGCUGUUCCUAGUGACUGCUGCUCUCGUCAAGAUCUCCAUCCUUCCACUCUCCUUCUUUGUGCUGACGAUGAUCACAAUUGUUUGUAUCAACUCCUUUGGAGCGAUUCUUCAGGGCAGUCUCUUCGGACUAGCCGGCCUGCUGCCAGCCAGCUACACUGCCCCCAUCAUGAGUGGACAGGGCAUGGCAGGCACAUUUGCUGCCAUUGCUAUGAUCUGUGCCAUUGCAAGUGGUUCGGAGUUACAAGACAGUGCCUUCGGAUAUUUCAUCACAGCAUGUGUGGUGAUCCUCCUAGCUAUUGUUUCCUACAUAACCCUCCCUAAAAUGGAAUUCUUCUUGUAUUAUUUGAACAAAAACAGCAGCUCUAUGACGAGCAGCAACGAUGACGAAACCAAACUAGACCUGCUGAAGAAAGCGGAACAUACAAACGGGGCAGAUAAAAAGGCUGUCAUAAGCCUCACGGACGAUCUUCAACCUCAAGUCUCAGUAUUUGAAAUCUUAAAAAAGAUCUGGGUGCUGGCGUUAUCUGUGUGCUUUGUGUUUAUGGUCACUAUUGGUUCAUUUCCCGCUGUCACUGUCGAUGUGAAAUCCACCAUUGCAGGGGACAGUCGCUGGGGAGACUAUUUUAUCCCUGUCUCAUGUUUCCUGCUGUUUAACCUGUGUGACUGGGCUGGAAGGAGUCUCACUGCAAUCUGUUUGUGGCCCGGAAAGGACAGCUGGCUCUUGCCAAUCAUGGUGGUGGCUCGCGUGGUCUUCGUGCCCCUGUUCAUGCUGUGUAACGUGCAGCCCCGGGAGAACCUGCCUGUCCUCUUCAGUCACGACAUAUGGUACAUCAUCUUCAUGAUCCUCUUCGCCUUCUCCAAUGGAUACCUGGCCAGCCUUUGCAUGUGCUUCGGACCCAAGAAAGUGGCCUCUCAUGAAGCAGAGACGACUGGCGCAGUCAUGGCCUUCUUCCUAUCUCUGGGCCUGGCCUUGGGUGCCUCAGUCUCCUUCCUGUUUCGGUGGCUAGUGUAACAACGGCAGAGGAAUUUCCACAAGUCAAGAUUAACACUGGAAACAAGAAGGAAGCUUUCCUGUGCAGACUUCCCGUAACAGAUUUAAGACCAGCCUCCAUUUUAUACACUGCUUUUUAUAACUGUCAGAAUUUUACUUGUAAUGUGCUAACAAUAUGCUUAAGUUUUAUUGGUUUAUUUUUUUUAUUUUACAUGUGCUGUUUUAGUUUCUUUUAAUUUUUUCACUAAAUUACUGGAUAGUGAGGUGUUGUUUUUUCUACUAUAAAAAAAACAAAGUUGCAUUGUCAUUGCUUCAUUGAUAUUGCAACUAGUUACAAAGGGUAGGAUGUAGUAGCCACAUGCACAAUGAAAGCCAGGAAAUUUGGGACAAGCGGCAGCUUUAAUGAUAUAAUGCCCCGUCUUGUUUUAAAGGAGUGUUAAAGCGCUAGUUAAGAUAUAUCCGUGUUGGAUCAGAGCUGCUGUUGUCCUUUUAAAUAAACUUGUAAUAUUAUUUGAUAGUUUUAAAGAGGAGCAGAAUGAGACAAAUGUAGAAUUUCAGUGCCUUUUUUUAUAUAUAUUUUUUACAUUUUAUUUCCAGUAUCGCACCUGUAUUUUAUUUAUUUAGUAUAACUUUCAUGUUAGUCAUUUUUACCCUAUUCACAUGGCAUGACAAGUCAAUGGCAAUUGCAUGGUUUUAAUGCAAAAAAGUCAUGUUUCUUUUAGUGUUACUACAUAGACCACCAUUGUGUUUUUUGUAGUUAUGGAUGUAUACUGUUUUAGCAUUUAUAUUAUUACUGUAUUUGUUUGUUCCUACACAAAUUUUUUAUUUUAGAGAACAAGUGCAAAGUUAUGUCAGUGUACUGCCAAGGUCCCGAGACCCAUUUAUUCAAGGAGCCUCAAACAAUUGUGAAUAAAUGUAGUGUAAUGAACUCUGAAUCAACAGCUUGUUUUCAAAGUAAACUGGAAUGUACUGGUUUAAACUGGAAAUGUGCUAAUGUGACUUCCAUUUGUAUAAUUCCUACUGGAGACUGGGACUUUGGGAUGCUGCAAAGAGAUGAAACAAUUCACAGCUUGUCAUGAGUAAUACUGAAUAAAUGUCAUUGCUGACUAUUAGUUUGCAGUUCCUUUUAAAAAAUAAAUAAAUAAAUAAAAAUUUGUAAAAUUAAA